UGCAGUCAUCACCUGUUUAAAACCUCUUUCUUGGUCCGCGCUUCAAAGCAGUGCACCAACCAAACAACAACCAUCACUGAAAUCGCGCACUCGCCACAACACCAACAAACACCCUUCACGCAAUGGCGAUGGAGGGAGGACGGCUUCUGGAGGAGCUGCGCACGCAGGUGCACACAAUCCUGGAAGAGCAUGCACAGGAUGAGUUGACCGACAGCCAUCCGAGCGUGCGCCCGCUCUGCCUGUGCUUGGAGGCCGUGCUGCGCUGUGGCCUCUCGUCCAAAUCCUCCUUCUUCGGGGGUAGGAAGGACUACUUUGACUUUCUUGAGGCCGCUCUCAAGAAGACAAAGCCACGGCUGUUAAAGAUGCCAGCUCGAACAAGCGCCGGCAAAGGCAGACUCCUCAUCCGGCACGCCCUCACCACGCGUGAGUUUGCCGAGUGCAUCCAAAUCGCAGCCCAGCACACGCGGGCCAUCAAGGACUUCUACAGCGAGGGCGCUCUGCUCAGGGAGAAGGCUACACAGGCAGACCUCAUGGACCUGCUCUACCACCUCAACAAUCUCACCUUCCAACUCGCAGACCUGCCAGACGGUGCCGACAUUGACGCGGACUGGCCCCCAAGCCCGUCAUCGUCCAUGCACGUGCCAGAAUGGGAAGUACACGACGCCGCAACAGACGAGCAGCAACAACCAGUCGCCCAAGAGGAAACUGAUACACAACCCCUACCAAACAGCAAUGGCCACACCGUUGCCACACCGCACAAGGUCGCCCCGGCACAGGAAGAAGACGCAGCGCAGCUGCAGCAAAGGAUUGUUGACUUGGAGAGAGCCUUGGCAGAAGCUCACAGUCACAACAGCGCGUUAACAGAGCAGGUCGCUCAAAUAACAAACGACCAUGACACGCAGCUUGCGGAUGCCAAGACACAACACGAGACGAAGCUUGCGGAUGCCAAGGAACAACACGAGACACGUGUGAAGGAGCUUGAGGCGCAACUGGAGAAGAGUGCUGGUGACAGCGAGGCGCUUGUGAAGGAGCUGCAGAGCAAGCUGAGGGCAAGCACGGAGGCGCAGGAGAGCGUGACGAGCGAGCUUGAGGCCGCCAAGCAGCAGGUGAGCGAGCUUGGUGAGGCAAACACAGCGCUGGAGACACAGCUUGCGGAUGCCAAGGAACAGCACGAGACGCAGCUUGCGGAUGCCAAGGAACAGCACGAGACACGUGUGAAGGAGCUUGAGGCGCAACUGGAGAAGAGUGCUGGUGACAGCGAGGCGCUUGUGAAGGAGCUGCAGAGCAAGCUGAGGGCAAGCACGGAGGCGCAGGAGAGCGUGACGAGCGAGCUUGAGGCCGCCAAGCAGCAGGUGAGCGAGCUUGGUGAGGCAAAGACAGCGCUGGAGACACGGCUUACAGAUGCCAAGGAACAGCUGGAGACACAGCUUGCGGAUGCCAAGGAACAGCACGAGACACGUGUGAAGGAGCUUGAGGCGCAACUGGAGAAGAGUGCUGGUGACAGCGAGGCGCUUGUGAAGGAGCUGCAGAGCAAGCUGAGGGCAAGCACGGAGGCGCAGGAGAGCGUGACGAGCGAGCUUGAGGCCGCCAAGCAGCAGGUGAGCGAGCUUGGUGAGGCAAAGACAGCGCUGGAGACACGGCUUACAGAUGCCAAGGAACAGCACGAGACGCAGCUUGCGGAUGCCAAGGAACAGCACGAGACACGUGUGAAGGAGCUUGAGGUGCAACUGGAAAAGAGUGCUGGUGACAGCGAGGCGCUUGUGAAGGAGCUGCAGAGCAAGCUAAGGCAAAGCACGGAGGCGCAGGAGAGCGUGACGAGCAAGCUUGAGGCCGCCAAUCAGCAGGUGAGCGAGCUCGGUGAGGCAAAGACAGUUCUUGAAGAAGAGCUACAGGCGUCUCGCACAACUGUUUCUGAAUUGGAGCAACGUCUCUCCGGUCUUUCCGGUAAUUUGGAAGAGUCAUCGAACAAGCACUCCCUCGAUUUGGCGACGCUGCAAAGCAACUAUGAUGCGUGUCGUUUUGAGUUGAGCGAUCUCAAAAUGCGCCUUCGGUCCGCUGAGAAGGAGCGUGAGGAUCUUCAAGACGAACUCAAGCAUGUGCAGCUUGCGUCUGAGAAGCACGCCGCUGCAAGUGCUCGCGAGCGCGAAAUGCUGACGCAGGAGCUUCAAAUGGUGAAGGAAACCAACAAACAACUGGACGCGAAAACGCGCCAACUGCACGAGGAAAUUGGCGCCACUGAGGCAGAAACCGCCCGCUUGCAAUCGGAUCUGGACGAGUCGAAGCGUAAGUUGGAAGAAGUGACCAAAGCGAGAGACGAACUGCAGGAGGAGAACGAAGGGCUGCGCGCGGAUCUCGUGACGCGAACGAUGGCAAAGGCGCAGUUGUGGUCCGAUCACGUCACGUCACAACUCAAGGAGGAUGAGCUUCGGCCUGUGCCGCAGGAAUCGUGGGAGGACGACGACACCGUGCACACGUGCCCGUUCUGCAAAUCCGAGUUUUCAUUCUUCUUCCGCAAACACCACUGUCGACAGUGCGGCAAGGUGGUUUGCGAUGAUUGCAGUCAAGCACACAUGCAUGUGCGUGGAUAUCCUGAACCGCAACGAUGUUGCAAAGCGUGCGCGCCUCGCCUUCGCAAACAAGCACAGCAGCAACAAGCGCACUGAGCGAAUGACAGACGCGACGAUGAUGAUGUGGUGAUGUGAUGAUGCGUCCACUGGUAUGACUGACAGUGUAUUUGUGUUCCGAGAAGAGGAAGGAGAAGGGCGGGAACAUGAUGGAAAGCAUGGGAGGAAACAGAGAUGAAGGAAAAAGUGCGCCGCACCAAAGGCGCAGCUGCCAAUGGGAAAACAUCGCAAGCAAACGCAUCGUUACAUCUCCGAGUGUCUUCGAAUAUGUGUGUGCGAAUGUCUGUCGUUGUGAAUGUUUGUGCGCGCUUGGGAUUAGGCGGAGGCGACGAAGGAGGUGGCAGCGUUAAUGAUGCGUUGUGCCGUCUGGGAGUUUUGAGCGCAACAUCGACAUGCAGGAUAGAGAGAAGCAGUCGUGCGUUUGUGUGUUCGUUAGCACAGGUGGUGUUGGGUUGCUGUACAUAUGGCUGGUUAUUUUGUACCGACCAACUUGGUUGUGUCACGUUACACGCGUGCGCUUGCGCGCACAUCAGCGCACAAUAAACGAAGCUUGCAAAGCGAC